UCCUAUUAUAAAAAGGAGACCCGUGUACAGAUCGAUAUCGAUAUUUCUCGAAGAAAUAUCUCGAAAAUGCGUAAGCGUAAGACAGAAACCGAAGCGACAUCUGUCGAUUAUAUUAGUCGCACAUUGGGCUGGAACAAAUGAACCGGUAAAAACCAUCACAUUUGGCAACGUGUUUGAGUGUUUUUAUCCUAUUAUAAAAAGGAGAUAAUUUAUAAUCGUGAAACAUCAUGACAUCUCCACCUAUUAAAUAUACGACCAACAGAGCCAUUGAUCAUUUCAAUGUUGCAGCUACACUCAUGAAAAUCAUCGGCUACGUCGACAGCAUUGAAGACCUGAGAGAGUUGCCAAAGUCUCCAUCUAAGUGGAUUUACAAGUGCAUUUUAAAUAACAAUGAUGGCAGAAGGGUUCGCAUACUUUGCUCGGGGGAUGAUGCUCUCAAAUACAAGGAUGAGAUCAAGAUGUAUCAGGGAACCUUGAGGGAAAAAAAAUAUCAACGAAUAAAUAACAUAAAUGCCCAGUUCAGUUUUCUAGAUAAUAAAAAUCACUGGAGGGAUUAUUAAAGCGGCCAAUCCACAGUAUCGGCGAUCAACGGACACUGUGAGCGACAAAGAAUUUCAAUUUGCACGUAGGAGCACUUUCGACAUCUUUGGCACAUUUAACAUUACGAAUGGAGCUGACAAUGGAAGGUCGAAGGUCAUCUCAUAUAAAAAAUUGAGAUGGAGAACGUUUGUGCUGCUCGCGGGCCAGUCCAGAUCACUGGAUGGCUCAAAGA